UCGGGAAAUCCUUAACGCUCAUUUCCGCUCUCCCAAAUUCCACUUCGGCGUGAAGGACGACAAAGUCGAGCUGCACCACUCUCCAAAUCCAUCCAUACAUGACUCAUCAAUCAAUCGAUCUACCGUUUUCUUUUUCCCUGCUGAGAGUCGAUCCAUCUAUCUAUCUAUGUAUCUAUCUACCAUUUCUCUAUGUUGAUCAUCAUUUGACGGACGUUUCUCCUGAAUUGGCUUCCGAUGGUCUGUCUCCCAUGAAGAUUGGAACCUUCCCGGAACUUUCGCUCCAAUCUGGCGAGGAGAGAGAGAAAGCUGUGCUGCAGCAGUUUGCUAUCGCCGCAUCUCACUCUAUUUUUUUUUAUUUUCUUAUCCUGCUUUUUCUUAAUUUGUUUAUUUUCUUCUUCUUCGUCGUCGUCUUCUUCUUUUCUCUCUUUUUUUUUUUUCCCUUCUUGUUCUUGUUCUUGUUCUUGAUAAGUUCUGGAGCGCAGCCACAGGCGAAACGCGUGGGGAACUCUGCUGGUUCAAUAGAGAGAGAAAGCUAGGUGUGUCUUUCUUCUCUUCGGCGUCGUCUUCUGAGCUCUGUUCUGUCAGAGCGAGCUGGUUCAAUGAAGUUAUUGUCGUCAUGAUGCCUUGACCCCCCUAGCUUCUCUCUAUUCCGCCUUGAGCCCCCUAGCUUCUCUCUAUUCCAUUCUCCAUUCUCCAUUCUCCAUUCUCCAUUCUCCUUCUUCUCUGCUUCUUUUCAAUUUUAUCUUCUUCUUCUUCUAUCACGAAGUCGCGCCUGGUCGUGAGGUUAUGCGUCAGGCCGGCAGAACGUCUAUGCGACAGGCGGAUCGUAGCCGUACGCACUCGUGGAAGUGCCCGUUGAUCGGUGAUCGGUCGUUGGACAGUAUAUAUAGGAGGACAAGGCCGUAUCGGUGAUCUAUGGUCACUCAGUAAGAUGGUGGGAGGUGUGUCGGCGGGCCGCAAGGUAGAGGGGGUCAAGAGGUUAGCCCCCUGAGGAUGAUCGGAGCGGAGCGCAACCGAUCGAUGGAAGCGCGUCGGGGAAUGUGCGCGUGAGCGGAGGAUGAGUAUGCGCGGAGAUGUUUCCCCACUAUUGAAGAACUUUGGAAGCGUGUACGAAAAACUGAGAUGAGUAUGCGCGGAUGAUCGGAGCGGAGCGCAACUGCUUGCACGAUUCCACUCUUCUUGUUCUUCUUCUUCUUCGUUUGUCAAAAAGUGAGACGGCCUUGUUGAUAUAUAGUAAAUCAUUUUCGAACGGAGAUUGAACUCUCGGUAAACUCGAGAGUUAUUUUCACUCAUCUUUAUUUUUCACUCUAUCUUAUUCCAUCGCGAUUGAUCUCUCGUCUGUGUUUCAACAGGUCGUUCAUCGUUCAGGGGUGUACUAUCUGAGCUCUACGUCAGUGGGUUCAUCUUGGGGCUUAACUUUCACCCCAGUCCACUUAGGCGUUUGGUUGAGUGUUUGCCUCUUGACGUGGAGGUCACGUGUUCGAUCCUUGGAUCGGUGCGGACGGACAGAUUAUUGUCUGGAGUAAGUUUCAGUUCACUUCUUCUUCUUCUUCGUCUUGUUUGUCUGGUGUUUUUUUUUUUUUUUUUUUUUUUUUUUUUAUGCUCGUCAGUAGUUUCUGGAUGAUGGAGUGGUUGGUCAGCACGAUGACGAGUGUGAUCAAUCUAGCGGACCUGUCUGUGGGUGCUAAUUUAUGGGUCUCGGCCUCUUUUCUAGUCAUCCCGAUCGUUCUAGUACUUAACGCCUGGAGCUUGCUUCGCGAAGAUUUGAACGGGGGCAGGAUUGGCAAUGUGGAGUUGGAGUUCUCAUCUCCGAGUAAGAGCAGCAGACAUAAUGGCAGGUCGGCAGUCAGGAACCACCACCACCACGUGGACGUUCACAGAUUGCAAAUGACGUUAUCCGCAUUAUCUCCAUCGUCUUUGUCGUCUUCCUCCACUGGAUCAAGUCGCUUAGAGCAGAUCAUUGUGGUGGAUGGGGGUGUGACACGUGUCACAGCCUUGGCGGGUCGUCGAUCAACGUCGUUCUCCCAUCCUGCGUUGAGCCGAUUCGCUCCAGCUUUCUCCUCCUCCUCCUCCUCCUCCUCCUCGUGCUCCUCCUCUUGUGCAUCUGCAUUCGCGUCUAAAAUUGCGAUCCCGACGGGUGGGUGCUCUGCUGCUCCUGGUCGGGGUUCGCUGCCACCACUGUCAGCUUCUCCCUCUCCUCCUCCUCCUCCUCCUCCUUGUCCAUGUCCUCCUCCUUUGUCUCCAAAUCUUCCUCUCUCUCCCAACAGCUUCAGCAGGAGUAAGGCUUGCACGGACGCCGGAGGAGGUGCUGGGCGAGCAGCGGCGGCGGGGGGGGGCGAGCUCCAGCUCCCUCUCUUCUCCCCUGAUCUCUCUCCCAACCCUGCAGCAGGAGGACCUGUUCUGAGUCGCAGCGCUUCGCUGCCUCCCAAGCCGCCACGUAAGCAGGCUCUCGAUCGCGAUCGGGUCCGUCUGUACAGCCGUUCCCUAAGUCACCCACCCUUUGGCCGCCGCUCCUCUCUCGCUUCCAUCUCCAUCGCGGGAGGAAGAGGUGGAGGGUCCUCCUCUCUCAGUCGUCCGCUGUGUAGGAGGUCCAGAUGCCUGUCCGCUGACGUGGCGCGAGAGGAGGCGGCGACGACCCAUCGUUUGGGUCGGGAUCUCGACCUCUGGCCCUCUCUCGUCGCAUGGGCGAAGAGUCUGGGCCGGGCUAAGCCUGCGAUCGGGAUCCGCCGGGAUCUCUCCCCGACUAAGCCUGCCGCUACCAAGAGCGGCGAUAUCGAGUCCUCCGACGACGACGAUUCAAAGCGGGACCCCUGCGAUCGCGAUCGGGAGCGGGAUCACGACCAUGGACUUCCAGAGAAGGAGCAGGCCGACGUUGAUUCCGUCGGGAUCGGGACCACGACUCGGCAUACGACCGGAACACACCUUGUUCCGUUCAUGGAUGAGGAGCAGCAAGCUCUGCAGCCUUUGUUGCAAAAGCCCGGGUUGUUGUUGCCCGGCAUGCUUGCAUCCACUCCAAGUGCAUAUCCUGCGGCCCCAAUCAAGCGUCUGAACGCGACUCUUACGACGUACGGGAGUGUCGACCUGCCGCCUCCUCCCUCUUCCUCGUCACAGCUGCAGGUGGUGGUUCCUACCACUAUGGCAUUGCCCCACUCGUGUCCGCCGCAAUCGCCUCUCCCGUCGCCGAACGCUGUGUCUGCUGCUGCUUCCAUGAGGUCGAGGCUGGCGUCGCCUCCAGCUUUCUCAACAGACCAGUUGGAAGAAUGGAGAACUAUCUUCGAGGAGGAGGAGGAGGAGGAGGAGGAGGAGGAGGUGAAUGCUGUGUGGGUAUUCUGGUGGUUUCUUCAUUGCUGUUCGGAUCUUAGAGGAGGAGGAGGAGGAGGAGGUGAAUGCUGUGUGGCUAUUCAAAGUGGUGGUUUCUUCAUUGCUGUUCAGAUCUUCGAGGAGGAGGAGGAGGAGGAGGAGGAGGAGGAGGUGAUCUUCUAAUGAUGGAUAAUAGAGAUAAGCAAUUAAGAAGAUCUGGGGGUACAUCCUUAAGGUCACAUGGCUAUUAAUGCGUGCGCUCACUAUGCUUUUGGAGGGAUCUGGUGUGGUCAGCAGAUAGUGGAGGUUUGGCAGGAAGAGGAUAAUGACGACGACGACGACGAGGAGGAGGAGGAGGAGAGAGGAGGAGAGCGGGGAGGGGAAGGCAAUUCUUUUCACAAAGUUGUAUCCAUCGAUUCGGCACUUGAAUCAUUGGUAUGUAUUCCGUGUUCUGAUCACGCACAUACGUCGUGCACAUUUUGCUCUACUGUGGAAGAGGAGGAUAUAGACAGCAGCUGAAAUGCUGUGGAAGAGGAGGAGACACAACUGAAGUUCUGUGGAAUAGGAAGGUAGGCAGCAGCGGGAGGUGUUGGUGUCGGAGAAGGCCGUCGUUCUUUUCACGCACGUGUGUCAAUUAAUUGGGUAUAGUUUGGAGAACUUUGGACCAUUGGUAUCGAUUUCAUGUUCUAGUCACACACGCAGCUCGUAGUUUUUGCAAGAACCGAAGUGCUAUGCAAGAGCAAGGUAGGAAGCAGUAGGAGGAGGUGUGAGUGGUGUUGGGUGUUAACUGAUUCAUCGAUCGAGUGAACGCCAGGGCUCGGAAGUUGGAAUUGUUUUUUUGUUUUUUCUUUGUGAAGUAAGACUGAGGUAUUUGUGGGUGUAGUUUUUCGUUGCCUGCUCAGAAUGAGGUUCCGUCUGACAUGUCAGAGUCAGAGAAUAUCGGAGAAGAGGGGAGCUGCGGACGGAGGGCUCUCAAGUAGUUGAGUGAUGGAGCCACAGAGGACUCUUAAGUUGGUUAUACAUAGUCAUUCGGAUGUAGGUGACCGCACCACUGGAAUAGAGGUGGUCCUAGAGUUAAUUUGUCGACUUGCCAAACCGCGAGAAGGAUGCUGUCGUGUGUGCAUCUAUCUGACAGCGACAGUGUACACCUGCAUCUAUAUUUAUACAGUCAGAAAAUCGGAUCAUUGGAUAUUGUUGGAAUUCGGACGGAUGGAGAGAUGGAUGGGGUUUUCGUUUACCGUCCCUUGUGAGGGGUGUAGCACACAAGGGGUGUAGCUAACUCCUGAGCGUACUUUCCGUGGGAGCAAGGGCCAUUCUUCUGUGUGCUGGAUGGAGAGAUGGAUGAUGGGUGGGUUACCCACUCACGGUGGUUGGUCAUUCACUACUGUGGGUUGCAUGCACGUGUCGUGCCGUUCUUGGUGUCGAUCGGAUAUGCCGGCAGCAACCGCCAUGCCAGCGGUGUCGGCGAUGUGGGGUUGGCUGCCUGGUUGGGUGGCUGUGCCAGCUGACAAGGAUCUGGCAAGGAUGCAGAGAAGAAGAAUAAGAUCCGCGGGUCUGUGACUCUAUUUUAUGGCGAAGGAGGGGCACAGUAGUGGAUACCGCAGGAUGGCUGGGGCUUCAGCGACAAGUGAGCGAAGGGCCCAUCCACGUGCCUCAUACGAGGCCUACUGAUUUCUCACGACAGCUCCAUGGAGGUCGAAUGCGCAGAUGGUUCGUUGCGUUGGGCUGGGAGAGGUUGGGGCCUCGUGCGAUGCCUGUCCAUUGAUGGCAAGGUGAGUAGGUGCUGAUCGUUUGAUGCACAGCAGAAGUUCCAGCGAGGGCAUUGGAAUGGAGGGAAAAAAGUUGAAGUGUCGUUCUUCGAGUGAGGGCAUAGCAUCUGAGAGCGUUUGGAUCGGGUCGACUGAGAUAGCAGUGAAUGGGCAGGUCGGGCAGGUGGAGUAGAGUUACAGUUUUGCUGAGUGAAAGAGUGGGCGAACGAGAUUGAACGAGUGUGCCCUCGGGGUGCUACACAGGGAGAAAGUCUUCUUGUGAAUAAUUACUUCUCCAGAAGGGGGAGUAGAGGAACCUCGCCGGAGGAGAGAACUGAUGUGUGAUAGGGUGGUGAAAUUUUUGUGCGAGUGAUCAGGACUUGUGUGCAAGAGGCGGCACUUCUCGUGUGAGAGGUGGCAGGGGAUGGGGGGCAUGCAAGGCUUUCAAGCUGCUAUCCUCUGUGGAGCCCAAGUAAAGACAAGCAUCGGGA